UCGAACAUGUCACGAGCAUUCUCACCGUAGCACGUUCCAACCAUCCCAUCCACGAUUCUGCACGGAAAUUUUGGCGGAAACUGAAAUGUAUUCCUCCCGAGAAUGAAUUUGUAAAGUUUCAUUCAGCUACUGAGAGCUUCUAGUUUCAACAGGAUGUCGGCACGGUAUAUAACAGGCGUCACAAGACAAAUAGCUGAGCAGUGUAAACAGCUGACCAGGCGACCUUGCCGUGCACAUUUCCAACCAUGCGCAUGCCGGACUUCGUCUCAUUUCUUGCGCUACUUUCCACGCAAAUUUGAGCAUUUGGCGGGGACAGUGCAAGGCGAAAAGGGAAUAUUUUUUAUAUCUAAACCAAAGUUUCACUUGUCGUCUUCAUAUCUCUUACAUCACCGGCGGUUGUCAUCAAAUCCUUCGAGUGCUGGCGAAGAUUUGGAGGAGGCGGGCAGUGCGGAUGAAUGGAGUCAUCCGUCAUAUCGAACUGAAGAUGUCUUAAAUCAGGACCCAGAGUUGCGCUCUCUCCUCUGUGAGAUUGCAUCAGAUUUUGGAAAGUCCCAAGCAGUGCUUACUGAUUCUAAUUCAGUUGGAACUUGUGAGAAUGAGUCGUUGACAAAUCAGCUUGAAAAAAGCAGUGAAGGUGCUGACAAAGAUGCAAAUGAAGGCAUUGUUUCCACAACAACCGAGCACGAGAGUCAAACAGAGUUGAACUUGAAGGGUGGAGUGGAAUUAUCUCCCGUGGAAGCUUCAAGGAAUGCUAGUAAAAGAAAAGCAUCAUACGUUUUCAGCGUCGAUGAGAUCGUGGGCGUCUUACGCGAAGAAAAUGCACAAGACAUCUGCGUCAUUAGGGUACCGCCGGAGAAAAACUACGUGGACUACUUUGUUGUGGUAACGGGGAGGUCUGCACGCCAUCUCAGUGCAAUGACGCAGCACAUCAAUAAACUGUAUAAACAGAGUAAAGGCAAAGAUAAUCCUUUCCUGAUUGUGGAGGGAAAGCUAACAGAUGACUGGAUGUGCCUUGACUUUGGGAACACUGUCGUUCACUUCAUGCUGGAAGAAACAAGAGAGCUCUAUAACCUGGAGGAGCUGUGGACGGUCGGCAAGGACUUCGACAGUCACAUCCAACAGUGGAAUCAACAUGAGAUACUCCUCUUUGAUCCAGAGACAGACGUACAGCCACCCUCGACAGAAGGGGCUGAGACUCAGGAGAAAUGAGUUGUGAGUUGAUGAGUUUUGAGUCGAUGGGUUACCAGUGGGAAAAGGAGAGGAUAGAAUCCAAUGGAAAGAUGUCGAAGGACCACGUGACCUCAUGGUUUUCCAAGAUCGGCCGCCAUCACCUAAGGCAAGCGCUUAGUUAGCAACUCAGUGCUACAUCAUAACCUUGACAAGGGGGCUCCUUUCUGCAUAAAAUUACUACAAAUUCUUUUCAGGUAGCAUAAUGGUCAUUGUGCCAUGGACAGUCGCCGUUAUCAUGUCAAUCCAGCCUAGUAACUAGUAUUUUUCUCAUACUUUCUGCCAUUUAGGAAGCUUUUAGAACUGAUGCCAUGUUUGUACAUGUAAAUACAGUGUGUAGUGCUAUGGGCUUUGCAACAAUGGCGGACGUACGUUGGGUCAUUUUUUUGUCAGCGAGGGACACCCUAUUGGGCACUUGGCUGUGACAAGAGUACGAUGUUGAAAUGGCAUAGGAUUUAAUCUGGCCUGAAGUGAACUAAAUAAACCAGGUUUUUAAUCAUGAUAAAGAACAAAAAAUAUUAACUGGAGCAGCAUUUGAACCUGCGACUUUCUGAAUUCUGGCGGUCCGCCAAAACCAGGUUUGACUACUAUUAAGGGUCUUUCCAAUGGACCGUUUUUUUCAUAGAACCGUUGAAAAUACAAACUUUUUGUCUCAGUAUAUUUUCAAUGUUUAUUUUCCUUGUUGAAAGGUAAUCUGGUACCUUUUUCAUUUUAUGCUAAUUAGAUUUCCGUAUUCAUAAACAGCACUAUGAUGUCAUUCCAGGCAUAAAGAUUCAAUGUUGUACAUGUAUUGAUUUGUGUACACAGAUUUGCUGGAAUUGGUUCACUGUCAUGUCAGUGCAUGGCAAAAAAGCCAACAAGAAACCCUUUAUUAGAAAUAAUCCAAUGGUAAAAUUUGGGUUCACAAGUGGAACGGAGAAUGCCUGUUUCUGAACACUGCCUUCCUCAAGCAGCAUCACAGCAGCAGCGCCCUCGGUUGUCUAGAAAAGCAUGGACCAUACAUUAAAACCUUAAAUACAUGCCAAAGAAUUUCACAACAAAUCAUAGCACAUACAUACAAAUCACUCUGAGGCAGCAAGUGAUUGGAAGAGUUCCGCAGUCCGUACUCUGAUUGAAAUUCCAUUGGUGAUGUACCCUGUUACUUCUCACUGGCCCUUUGAAUGGAUUCGUUACCGGAUGGGCUCAACUUCAGCAAUUUUACUUCAGGCUUUCCCUGCCAAUAAAGCAACCACAUUAUUUAAUUUGUCCUGAAUUCAUCUUGUACCAUAAUAUAAUAUGUGCCAACGCUCGUCUGCACUCGUUUUACUAUCAAAAUGAAAGCUGUGUCAGAAUGACUGCACUGGUUAUGAGUGGAAAGCCUCUGAUUAGUGGCUUCAUGCAUUUCUCACCAAUGCUUGCUCUAUUCCAGCCGACAUCAAGAAAUUCCCAUAUGGUCUUUCUUAUCCAAAAUAUUAUACUUUGAUCCCUUAAAUGUAAACAGAAUUUCAGCUGGAGUGCAUGUCAAACUGGAAUUAUGUUAUUUUUGGUUGUUGACACAACCACUCUAAGGGAGAGGUUUUUUUCUUCCUUGAAGUUGAAGUUACCAGAUAUGUGAUAGUGGUUUUUUUGCAGGUACAAAUUUUUACGUGAAUACGACGUGUUUCUGUUGAUGUCCCAUAUUGUGCAAUGAGCCAUACAUUGUUUAUGGCACAGUCACAUGUAGGCCUAGCUGGUAAAAACUAUUCCAGCGAUGGAUUCUGUCAUUUGUCUCUACUCAGCACUGCUCAUCAUCUGAUGACUAAAAGUUCAGCCUACUCCAAUUGAUCCGUUUUAAUUUCAGUUCUUGCAAGUCUUACUGGUCCUCGAAUCAAACUUCAAGCUGGUUAGCAGGGUGCUUUUCAUUCACAUGCUGUUAACAAUCAUUUUACAAAUUAAAACGUGCAAAUGUAUUUGUUGGGUUCGAUGCGAUCAGUCGAUCAGGACAAUGCCCCGAUUGUGUUGCGCUAUAGGCAGGUCAAUCCUGUAUGAAAUUGCUGAUUUCACUUCUUUUCAAAACAGUCUUUCAGAAACGGGAAUAAGAAAGAAACGUCGAUUGGCUCAAGGCCAAGUUAUGCGGAGAGCAUACAAUAAGAUGGAGACAGAUCAAAUAAUCCUGCAUAUCGACUGAUUGCCCCCAACAUAUCUUACCAUUCCACACACACACACAGUGAGGUAUCACAGCGAAGUGUGCGGUGCACUUGCAAUACAAGCGAUUCACAAAAGUGCGCCACCCAGAGUCUGCAACACGUUGGCCAAUCACAAUGCGCGAAAUCUGUC